AUGUGUAGUGAAGUCUAUCUUGGAUCGUAUUUGAACAUUGAAACCGGCGAGCUGGCAUGGAAGUAUCUCGAUGAAAAGGAAGAUGUUUUGCAAUCCGUGAUGGGCAUGUCUCAAAUGUCCUCUAUGCUGAAAGAUAAAAGGCGAAAUGAAGCAUACAACAGUGCAAUAUCUGAGUGCAUUCGUGAUUUCAUUCAGCAGCACGGUCGGAAGCCCUACGUUCUCGAUAUUGGCUGUGGAACGGGCCUUCUUUCUCUCCAGGCAGCCCGUGCAGGAGCAGAAAAGGUAUUUGGGUGCGAAAUGUUCCGCAGUUGGGCAGAGAUCGCUGCGAAGAACGUGAUCGAAAACGGGUUCGAAAACGUGAUCACCAUCUUCAACAAGCACAGUUCCGCGCUUACCGUCGAAGAGCUGGGUCAGCGCUGCGAUAUUCUCGUGAGCGAAAUCUUAGACACGGUCCUGCUCGGAGAAGGCGUGCUAAAAGCCGUCCGCGAUGCGAAGAAACGUCUUCUGGUCCCCAACGCGCUCAUCAUCCCCGAAAAAGCCGACGUCUAUGUGGAGCUAGUCCGCUCCCCUCUGUACGCGCUGACCACAGUGCAGGACGCGCUGAAUCGUCGCGAAAAGCUGGUUCCCGACGCUGCUCCUCGCUGUCGAGCCAGCCAAUUAUUCCCCGUUUCCCCUUUUCGUGCGUGUUCCCUAGAUCCACGCCGACCACUGCGCGAUCGAGUCGUGCUCUGCGCGCACUCUCCUCACCACGGUGGAUCUGACCGACGCCUCCAAUCAGCGCCUGCUCACCUGCGCGAUUCCCGUUCGCUCGGCCCCCAACGGCCUUCUCUUCGGCUGGGAUCUCUCCCUCUACCGCGGCCGCCAGCACUACUCCACGCUCGACGUCGCGCCCAGCGACUGGGAGGACCACUGGCUGCAGGCCUUCUGCCCGCUCUACGACCUCGAGGCCGCCGAGCGGACGGUGUUCCUCGUCGCUCUGCUGCGCGACACCAACUGGAGGUUCGACGCCUGCGCGCGGGAGACAGGCAAAUAACGCGCAGUCGCUCUCACUCGCAGAUCUCACGCGCGUCAAGUCGCGAAUGA